UCAACACGAGAUCCCCGAAUCUGACAUCUCUGUUUGGUACAUGCUUUGCUUGAAUUUUAAGGAGAUGUAAGUGAGUGUUGUACCUCCAGAAAUGUUUUAAACUGGUUUAUUUUAGCAUAUUUUUGUGAAUAAAUAAUUGAUCUAUAAGAUAGGCAGAAAUAUAUAAAUAACGAAGAUGACAGAAAAAUUGCGAAGAUACGAGAAAAUUGAUUUCCUAGGAGAAGGGCAGUUCGCCACUGUUUACAAAGCCAAAGAUAUCGAAACGUCAAAAAUUGUUGCUGUUAAAAAGAUCAAAGUUGGAAGUCGCGCGGAAGCUAGGGAUGGAAUAAAUAGAACUGCACUGAGAGAAAUCAAAUUGUUACAAGAACUGAAACACGAUAAUGUGAUUGGUUUAUUAGAUGUUUUCGGCUAUAAAUCAAAUGUGUCUUUAGUGUUUGAUUUUAUGGAUACAGAUCUGGAAAUUAUAAUAAAAGACAGCAAUAUUGUCUUAACUUCUGCUAACAUUAAAUCGUACAUGAUUCAAACUCUUCAAGGAUUAGAUUAUCUCCAUUACAAUUGGAUACUCCAUAGAGACUUGAAACCAAAUAAUUUACUUGUUAAUGGAGAAGGUGUUUUGAAAAUUGGUGAUUUCGGUUUAGCCAAAUUCUUUGGUUCACCAAAUAGGUUAAAUACACAUCAAGUGGUGACAAGGUGGUACAGGUCGCCUGAAUUAUUGUAUGGUGCCAGACUCUAUGGAACUGGAAUAGAUAUGUGGGCAAUUGGGUGUAUAUUAGCAGAACUUUUAUUACGUGUACCAUUUUUACCUGGGGAAUCUGAUCUGGAUCAGCUUACCAGAAUAUUUCAGACGUUGGGUACACCCACCGAAGAGACGUGGCCAGGAAUGACUGAACUACCAGAUUUCAUUCAGUUUAAACCGUUUCCUGGAACACCGUUAAAACAUAUAUUUACCGCUGCCGCCGAUGAUCUGCUAGACUUAAUCGCUAGCUUUUUAAACGUGAAUCCUUUAGAAAGGUGUACAUGCGACCAGGCUCUUCAAAUGCCAUACUUUAGCAAUAAACCAGCGCCAACACCUGGACCUAAGUUACCUCUUCCAACAACCGUGAAACGACAACCAGAGGAGAAACCUAGUCUAAAGAGGAAAUUGCUGGAGUCAAUGGAUGGUGCUUCGCUUGCGAAAAGAUUACAGUUUUAACUAUAAAUUAAAUUAGAAUUAAUUGUGAAUUAUAGAAAUCAAUUUAAUAUCAUUAUGUUUGUUACUAUUUUUACGAUUUUUACAAAUCAUAAAUGUCAUAUACAAUUUAAAGGAGACUGAGUGAGAGAGAGAGAGAGAGAGAGGGAAAUGUGAAUAAAUUAAUUUAUAUAAAUACAUAAUAUUGCAGGUGAUAUGAAAUUGUUAAAAAACGUCAAUAAAUAUAUUUACAGUAAAGCUGGAAUCAUGUACAAUAAUAACUCAAUACUGUAUUUUUGUGACGAGACUAUUAUAUAAAUAAUCAAAAUUAAAAAUAAAAUAUUG